UCGUUGCAUGCCGCAAUGAGUCGGAGAACACGACGCUGGAUUUUAAGAGUUUUACUUUGUCUGGGAAUUGUUUAUUUGAAAAUUGGUGGCUUCUCGUCGGUGGUGGCCCUAGGUGCGAGCAUAAUCUGUAACAAGAUCCCCGGUUUGGCCCCCAGACAGCGGAUUAUCUGCCAGAGUCGCCCCGAUGCCAUCAUCGUCAUCGGAGAAGGAGCCCAAAUGGGCAUCAACGAGUGUCAGUUCCAGUUCAAAAACGGGCGCUGGAACUGCUCUGCGCUCGGAGAGAGGACUGUCUUCGGCAAAGAGUUGAAAGUGGGUAGCAAAGAGGCUGCGUUCACCUACGCCAUCAUCGCAGCGGGGGUGGCCCACGGCAUCACUGCGGCGUGCACACAGGGUAACCUGAGCGACUGUAGCUGUGAUAAGGAGAAGCAGGGCUUCUACAGUAAAGACCAAGGAUGGAAGUGGGGAGGCUGCUCGGCGGACAUCAGCUACGGCCUGGGCUUCUCCAAAGUGUUCAUCGACGCCCGGGAGGUCAAGCAGAACGCAAGGACGCUUAUGAACCUCCAUAAUAACGAGGUGGGACGCAAGGUCCUGGAGAAGAGCAUGCGCCUGGAAUGCAAGUGUCACGGUGUCUCGGGCUCCUGCACCACCAAAACCUGCUGGACUACACUUCCCAAGUUCCGCGAGCUCGGCUACAUUCUCAAGGAGAAGUAUGCCCACGCCGUGCACGUGGAGCCAAUCAAAGCCAGCCGCAACAAGCGCCCUAAAUUCCUCAAGAUCAAGAAGCCUUACUCGUACCGCAAGCCCAUGGACACGGACCUGGUGUACAUAGACAAGUCGCCCAACUACUGCGAGGCGGACCUGGUGACGGGCAGCUUGGGGACGCAGGGCAGGGUGUGCAACAAGACGAUGAUGCAGCACAUCAGCGGCUGCGACCUGAUGUGCUGCGGCCGCGGAUACAACACGCACCAGUACUCCCGCGUCUGGCAGUGCAACUGCAAGUUCCUGUGGUGCUGCUACGUCAAAUGCAACACCUGCAGCGAGAGGACAGAGGUGUACACAUGCAAAUGA